CCUCCGCGGGACCCGCCUCAACGGCACCCUCGACGGCCUCCUCCUCGGCGUCCCCAACCUCAAGCUCCUCUACCUCUCCCGCAACGACAUCUCCGGCGCCGUCCCGGACGCCCUCGCGCGGCUCCCCCGCCUCGUCCGCCUUGACCUCGCCGACAACAGCCUGCGCGGGCCCAUCCCGGCCGCCGCGCUCGCCAACCUUACCGACCUCCUCACGCUCAGGCUCCAGGACAACCUCCUCACCGGUCUGCUCCCGGACCUCGCCACCGCCCUGCCCCGCCUCGCGGACUUCAACGCCUCCAACAACCAGCUCUCCGGCAGGGUGCCCGACGCGGUGCGCGCCAAGUUCGGUCUCGCCUCGUUCGCCGGCAAUGCCGGUCUUUGCGGGACGGUGCCGCCGCUGCCGUCCUGUUCUUUCAUGCCGCGCGAGCCCGCCCCGACGUCGCCUUCCGCCCCUGCCUCGUCGUCGCAGUCCGUGGUGCCGUCCAACCCAGCCGCCUCCUCCUCCUCCUCGUCCGUUGCUUCGUCCUCACCGGCAUUGGCCACACCAGAGGGAGCCUCUGGCAAGGGGGGCUUGAGCACAGGCGCGAUUGCUGGGAUUGCCGUCGGCAAUGGCCUCUUCCUGUUCGCGCUGCUGUCGCUGCUGGUUGCGUAUUGCUGCUGUAGCACCGGCGGCGUCAGCGAGACAGCCAAGAAGAGGAAAAGAGGCGGCCGCGUUGGCCUGGAGGACGGAGACGGCGGGAUGUUCGGCCACGGCAAGGGCAUGCAGCCAGCUCGCCCGGGCAGCGCUGGCAGGUGCAGCGACGGCGGCGACAGCGACGGGGCACGCAGCAAAUUGGUAUUCUUCGGGAUCGACGGCGAAGGCGGUGGCAACGACGAAGCUGACGACGACGGGGCAAGCGACAGCAGCGCCGGACGGAGGGCAAGUGGUGGCUGGACAGCGCAACAGCAGGGGAGGAGGAGCAAGUUCGAGCUCGAGGAGCUGCUUCGCGCGUCGGCGGAGAUGGUCGGUCGUGGUAGCCUCGGGACAGUGUACCGCGCGGCGCUGGGCGACGGCCGCAUGGUGGCCGUGAAGCGGCUACGCGACGCCAACCCCUGCGCCCGCGACGAGUUCCACCGGUACAUGGACCUCAUCGGCCGCCUCCGCCACCCGAAUCUCGUCCCCCUCAGGGCCUUCUACUACGCCAAGCAGGAGAAGCUCCUCAUCUACGACUACCUCCCUAACGGCAACCUCCAUGAUCGCCUCCACGGGCACCAGAUGACAGGGGAGACGCCGUUGGACUGGACGUCGAGGGUGACGCUGCUGCUCGGCGCGGCGCGCGGGCUGGCCUGCAUCCACCGGGAGUACCGCGACUCCACCAUACCCCACGGCAACAUCAAGUCCACCAAUGUCCUGCUCGACAAGAACGGCGCCGCCUGCGUGACGGACUUCGGCCUAGCGCUGCUGCUCAGCCCGGCGCACGCCAUUGCCCGCCUCGGCGGGUACAUCGCGCCGGAGCAGUCGGGCGACCACAAGCGCCUCUCGCAGGAGGCAGACGUGUACAGCUUCGGCGUGCUCGUCCUAGAGGCGCUGACCGGCAAGGUGCCGGCGCAGCACCUGCAGCCGCUGCCGGACGCAGCCGGCAACAGCGCACAGAGGAAAGACAAGCAGGCGGCUGUGAGCCUCCCGGAGUGGGUGCGGUCGGUAGUGCGGGAGGAGUGGACAGCAGAGGUGUUCGACGCGGAGCUGCUCCGGUACAAGAACAUCGAGGAGGAGAUGGUGGCGCUGCUGCACAUCGCGCUGGCGUGCGUGGCGCAGCUGCCGGGGCAGAGGCCCUCCAUGGCCGACGUGGUGAGGAUGAUCGAGAGCGUUCCCGUGGACCAGUCGCCGCUCCCGGAGGAGGAUGUAUCAAUGUCGCCCUCCAUUGGCAUCACCACGGACGAUGGUCUCAGCUACUAGUUUUAGUUCAGUAUCAGCUUUCCUCUUCCAUAGCUAGUAGUAGCAUUGAACUGAGGUUGCUUCGGUCAAGUACCUGUGCUUGGUGAUGUUCUGGGUUGAAAUGCAUUUUCCUGGUUCCGUUCAUGGAAA